AUGGCACCAACAGCUGUCUACAGUACGGAAACAAGGAGGUCGGUUGCGAUGAAUGGACUAUCAGCAUCGUCCGACCUUAUCAUCGGAUCUCUUGGGACAGCACAGGACGGGAAAUACCAAGCUCUUAUUUCUAACCUCGACGAACAAGCCCCCGGAAGAACAACCGAGAGACAACUACUCGACCGGUUGGUUGAUGGAGCUGUCACCUUGACACCGUCGAACUACUCGUCCAUCUUCCUUAUACUUACACCUACCGACUAUUCCUCUUUGCUUCCGAACCUGAGACCACUGCUCAAACAACUUCUGGAAGGCCUUGGUCCACUCGGAAGACUCCAUUUUCUUAACCUUACCCCCGGUUUUCUGAAUCUGCUGGAUGAGCUUACAUUGGCGGGGUUCUCGAUCAUAGAGACCGUAUCGGAAGGCGAGGAUGCAAAGAUCGUCGCUCAGAAACCUGUGGCACCAACCCCUGUUCCGACACCAUCGAAGCCUCUUACCGACGGUGCCCUGCCUCUCAGGCGAAAGGUAGACCCAGCACGUCAGGCUUCGAAAAAAGCUGUCUGGACAUUUUCAUCGCCUUCUACGCCCACCAUCGAUGCCGAUGCGCUACUGACCGAUGCUGAUCGCGCUCGUCCGGUGCCUACGUGUGAGCCGUUUAACCCAAGUGCUCCGAGGCGAAAGAAAGCUUGCAAAAAUUGCACGUGCGGCCUUGCGGAAUUCGAAGUGGAAGAGUCCCGGACGGGAAAGGUCGUACUUCUGGAUGCAGACGUGGUGACACGGAAGAAGCAGAGACUGCUUGCGGCUGCCAAGGCUGCUCCCAAGGCUACUAGCAGCUGUGGUAGUUGUUUCUUGGGUGAUGCCUUCAGAUGUGAGAGCUGCCCUUACAUGGGUUUACCUGCUUUCAACCCUGGCGAGAAAGUGGAACUCAAUCUGUCGAUGGAUGACAUCUAG